AUGAGUUAUCGAGGACGCGGACGAGGCCGAGGCGGCUACAACAAUAGCGGCGGCCGCGACAACAACAACAACAGCAACAACAGCAAUCUGACGGACAUUGAGGUCCGAGGGUGGACGAACGCGCCUAAGGACGAUCUUGUACGGUUUCUCCAGGACAAGGGCGGGUUCCGGUUGCAGAACCCGUACGUGGAUGGCGACGUGAUCAAGGCCCGAGUCAAAAACACGGACGCCCGUGCGAUUGGACAAUGGUCCGGGCGCCGGUUUGCAGGCCAGGCUCUGCAAAUCACAGUCAAAGAUGGACCCUCGGCUGCUGCGCAGUCCACGAUCGAAACGCUCAAACGGUUCCUUGAAAGCAGAUACAGCGCCGAGGACAAGCUGCUGAACCUUGCAGGCAUGGGCCAGGACCAGUAUCUGAUUGAGAAUGGCCUUUUGGCCACCACUGAGCGAGGAUCAAAGAUGUUUCUGGCGCUGCUCAAGAUUGCAGGCGACACCUACCCCGUGGUGGACUCGGUGGAUCUGGGCCACAACAGCAUCAGCGACAUUGCCGGCAUCACGACGCUGUCUCAGACGUAUCCGGAGCUUAAGAACCUGUCGCUAGCCAACAACCAGAUUGCCCGCAUCACCGACCUCGAGUCGUGGAGACACAAGUUCAAGUCGCUGCGAGAAUUGGUCCUUGUGGGCAACCCCAUCACCAACCAACCCGACUACCAGCAGCAGGUGGCGCAGCUGUUCCCCAGGCUCAUUGUUCUGGACAGCCAUGUGAUUCGAGACGAGUCGCAGAUUGGAAAAGUCAAGUACCCCAUCCCUCUACGGCAAACGUUUUUUGAAAAUGACAACAUCCAGCAAAUGGUCGGCGGCUUUCUCGCCAACUACUUCCAGCUCUACGACACAGACCGACAGCAGCUGUUGCAGCUGUACGACCCACAAUCGACUUUCUCGGUCGCCAUCUGCUCAAACACACCCCGAACAAUGGUCAAGGGUCUCGGUCAGCCUCCCUGGGGCCAAUACAUUCCGCUGUCACGAAACAUGACCAAGGUGACCACAGCCUCGGCUCGAACCAACCGACUCUAUGUGGGUCCUGAACAGAUUGGAAGAGCCUUUACUCGCCUGCCUAAGACGAAACACGAUCUCGGAGACCCCUCAAAGUUUGCCAUUGACGCAUGGACUCUCAAUGGUGUGCGAGAGCCGCAAGACACAGCCAUUUUUGCGUCUGUGCACGGCGAGUACGAGGAAAACAUGAUUGGCAACAAGAGCGACACCCGGUCGUUCGACAGAACGUUUGUGCUUCUCCCUGGCCCCAACGGAAGUAUGAUCAUCGCCUCCGAUACUCUCAUGGUCAGAUCCUACGCCGGAAAAGACGGAUGGACCAGUGCAGCCAUGACUGGAGCAACUGGUGGAGCUCCUGGGGACGACUUUGCCGGUCUCAACCCCGAUCAGGCUCUCAUUGUCAGACAGCUCAUGGAAGCCACCCGUCUAAAUGCAAGGUACGCGCGAAUGUGUGCUGAGCAGGCCGGAUUUGUUCCGGAACAGACCAUGGCAUUGUUCAAACAGGCCCAGGAGGGAGGCUCGUUGCCCCCAGAUGCGUUUAUGUCUUAA